UUUUCAAAGAGGUUUUCAGGCGAAAUUCGCUCCUCAAUUUCCCCCUCCCCGCCAUCUGUUUCUUAAUUGUUGUUGCCCGUCUGCAUCGAACUUUUUGUGCAGCGCCAUGGCGAAACAAAAGGGAGACCGCAAGAAGAGCGCGAUGAAUGAUGUGGUGACCCGUGAAUACACAAUCAACCUGCACAAAAGGUUGCACGGAGUCGGCUUCAAGAAACGCGCCCCUCGUGCUGUGAAGGAGAUCAGGAAGUUUGCGGAAAAACAGAUGGGAACCCCUGAUGUUCGCGUCGACACCAGGCUGAACAAGCAGAUCUGGUCGAAAGGCAUUAGGAACGUUCCAUUCCGCGUCAGAGUUCGUCUGUCGAGGAGAAGAAACGACGACGAGGAUUCCCCACACAAAUUGUACACCCUUGUCACCUACGUCGCUGUUGCCGGUUUCAAGGGACUGCAGACAGAGAAUGUGGAUGCCAACCAGGAAUAAAUUUUUAAUUGUAAUAAAAUAAUGAUAAAACAAAAAA